CGGAGGGGCCAAAGAUAUAUAACAUACACCACCAUUCUCGAAGAUAUAUAAUUAAGCCAUAAACAUAGACUAGUUGCCAAUUUGAUUAUCAUGUCGGGAGCGCAAGGAGCACAGCCGCCGGAGUCAUUCACGGCGACGACAUACGAGUCGGUGGAGGGCGGCGAGAACAAAACGAGACUAGACAUCCACUCCAAGGAGGACGAGGGCGGAAUUCAAAUCGACAAACUGCAGGAUAAGGUGGAGGACGCCGCCGGCGCAGGCGGCCCCGUUUUUGGAGCUGGCAAAGACGACGACAAGGAUGAUUUGGGCGUUACGGGGACCGCUUAGCGAUAUGCUACUUAUCAGACGGCUUCGCAGCAGUUCAACUUUUCUUUUUUCUUCCGUUCCAUCAGUGUUGAGAAUAUAUAGAUAUGUCAAUAUAUAUGUACUUCUAAGUUCCUUUUGUACCAUCAGGUUAAUUAUGUUUAUGUUAUUAUAUUAAUAUAUAUAGAAGUAGUAUUAGUUGCUCUUAGAUUUUCAAAAGUUUUAAUGCGAAUUGUGGAGUUGAACGCA